CUUGCAUAACUGAGAUGACCCACAUACAUUGACUGAUAUGAACAAUUAAGAAUCCGUGGCAGGCAGAAAUGUUAAUCAUUAAUCAGUUGUAUUCAACUUUCUAUGGAACUUUUAUCACUAUUACAUUUGCCACACUGUAAUAUGUUUGGUUUGUGUAGACAAAAGGAAUCAGACAUAAACACAUUUAGUUGUUGGAGCCUUUGAGGAAAUGGCCAACAGCAUGAGAGUGACUCACCCUUUGUCAUGUGUUGUCUCACAGAUACUUGCUGAGGUCUUUUUUCCCCAAACAAUUCCUAGUUCCACCACUUGAAUUAGUAUUUGAAUCUUUUGGCAUGCUUAAAUAAUUUGAAAGUUGUAAACCUAACAUUGCUGAUUGCAAAAUGAGCUCAGUGGUAUGUAUGCAAUGAAUGUAUGUAAUACUCAAAGAUAAUGGAUAUUGGAAGAGUAAGAGGAAGCAUUAAAGUGAAGUCCUAGUACAAGGAGCACAAUGAAACACUCCAACUUCCCCCUCUUUGCUCCUCUCUUCAUCCUCACCUCUGUCUGUGCUGGCAGAGCAGGGUUGCAGUCAUGCAUGUGGACACUGUCUUUCUUGUGUGUCCUCUGAUUUUUGCAGCAGCCCUGUGGAGGAGGGUCCAGGCUGUCUCCCCUGUGCCCUCAGUCCCAGACCAUGUCCAAGCCCUGGUGGGCUCCUGUGUGGUGAUUCCCUGUUCUUUCACUCCUCUAGCUCCUCAUCCUCUCCGGGGGAGGAAGGAGAGGGUGGAUGUACGUCUGCGGUUCAGAGGUGGUGGUCGCUUCUUCCCUCUCCGCAGCACCGCUUUUAACAGCGAGGACAGAGAUCAAGUGAGCCGGGAUUUCCAAGGCCGGACGUCCCUCUUUGGGAAAAUCCCAGAUGGAGACUGCUCAGUGAAGAUCGAAAGGAUCAGCCAGGAUGACUCACGGGAGUUUGAGAUCGCUCUGAAGAGAGGUGAUGACUUACUUUGGGGGCGGCCAGUGAGCUUCAAUCUGGAUGUUGUGGACACCCCUGAGGCUCCUGUCAUCAGCGGCAUGUUGUCAGCCACAGAGGGACAGCUGGUCACCCUGAACUGCUCCGUCAGCUUUCACUGCCCCUCCAGACCUCCUUCCCUGCAGUGGAGCUGGGAGAGAGGAGCCCAGCUGAACAGCACUAGGCCAGGGGAGGUACAGACACUCCACCCAGAGCCCCACAGGCCAAUGUUACUGGCCUCUCUGUCCUUUAAGGUGUCUCACCAGGUGAAACCCAGGAUCAAAUGUGAAGUCAGUUACCCAGGAGCCAAAGCAUUGGCCAUUUCGAAGGAUCUUCAUGUGACAUUUUCACCAAAAGAUGUAACGGUUCAGGUCCAGUCCUUGAUAGUGCAGGAGGGGGGCAACGCCUUGUUGGUCUGCUCAUGUAAAGCUGACCCUCCGGUGUCUGAGUACCACUGGUCCUACAGUCAACACGGCCGCACGGUGCACCUCCACCAGCGCACACACGCAGUCCGGCUGUUCAACGUGACCCGAGACAUGAGGGUCCGCUGCUCGGCACAGAACCAGAUUGGUCGAGGAGAGUCCCGGCCCACACUGCUGAACAUACAAUAUAAACCGAUCAUUCUCCAUCUGUCCUCAAUCUGUUUUGUGGAGGAUCAGAAGGUGCUGUGUCGCUGUUCAGUCAACUCCAACCCCAAACCAGCAGUUACCUGGAGCGUGAAUGGUACUAUCCCACCUCGUGAUUACAACGUGUCGGUAACAUCUGAGCUCGACACGCUAACAGCUACUCUGAGGGGCCGCAUGGACAAACCUCAGACUGUGAUCUGCUUUGCUUUCAACGCAAUGGGAAAUGACUCCCUGGUGUUGCUGCAGGGAGGUGAAGAGAUGGCACCUUUGCUGUGGAUGGUGAUACCUGCUGUGUCCAUUUGCUUGGUCAUAUUCCUUCUGUCUCUUUUUUUCUACUGUUGCCGAAAGAGAGCUGGAAAACAUGUCCUGAGUAGACGCCCAGCCGUGUACCCUGGAGGAUUAGGAAUUUAUCAGGAUCGGAUGCCCCUCUACGUUAACUGCACAGAAGUUACCCAUAUCUACACCAACGGCAGUUACCAACUUGUAUACCAGAACUGCACACCUCUUUUUGUCCAUACUAAGCAGAUCCGUCCAAUUGGCAGACGAGGUGGGGAGAGAAGAAGAAGAGAUGGAGAGGGUGGAGGAAUAGACAGACGAGCGGCUUUGGGAGUCAGAGGCACGAGAGAGGUGCAGAGCACUGCUGUGGGCGACGCAGAGACGGCCAUAUAUUUGGAGAUCCUCUGAGCCCACUGUUCUACUGCUACAUUAAACUUACAUUAGACUUCAGAUUCUUUCUCACACUGAUGGUAAUGCAUAGUUAAUGUAACUUCCAGUUAUUGUAUAUACUGUACAUGCAUUAUGUGAUCUCUUGAAUAACUACUGUUGGUCUGUCACUCUCCAAAUUUCCAUAUUAAGCAAUUUCUAUCUCUGUUCGCAUUUAACCUUCCUCUGUGCUCUUUUUUUUGGUUUAUUUUUAAACAUGAAAAGGUUUGAUAAGAGUUUUUCAUCUUGUGUCUAUUCUACAACCCACACAAUCACUCAAAUUUGAUUUGGUCUUACCAGUCUACUGCUGCUCCAAACACAUUUUCAACAACAGCUGCAGCAUGUCUAACACAAAGUGAUCCUCAGACGGUGUUUUAAAGUUCCUUUACAUAACAUAAGUUAUAAGUGAGGAAGUGUAUCACAGUGCUCAUGAGAGAAUAUGUCAUGUCAUUUCAGGAAAAGCACAGCUCUAAUGAUAAAUAAUAAUAAUAAUAAUAAUAAUAAUAAUAAUAAUAAUAAGCAUCCCAGUAAAUUUGAACUUUUUAGUAGUUUUUCACACAAAAUAGCACAAGCAAAUGUUUACAGAAGUGAUAUUUACUGUGACUGCAGAGGAAGAAAAAAAAUAUUAAAGAAAGAAAAAAUACUGGGAAUCAACCCACAAAGUCCAUCCAAAAGCUACUACUAUCAAUAUAUAAAUGAUUGCAGUCUAACUUUCACAUCCAUUUACAUAUAUAAUUCAACUGUUUAAGUAGAUGUUUAAAUGUUUCGUGGUUAAGGGCAUUUACAUAGUUUGAGUUUAAGUUGUUUAAGUUUAAGUUGAGUUUUGAGUUUAAGUCUGUGCUUUAAGUGCACUGAUGUGCUGAUGCAAAAUACAUUUAUGUACACUGGCCUAUUGUAGUCUAUAUAGCUUUCUUAUUUUGGUUUAUUUCGUUUAGUUUUUUUUUCUACUUACUCCUGUACUAAUUGUGAAGAUGUACCUUUCCUAUUUGUUUUUCAUUUGCUUUGUUUUUAUUGUCUUUAUCUGGUUUGUGUUUGGUGCUUCUAUAUGACACCCACUAGGGAUGAAUACAGUGUUAUCUGAUUUCUAGAAAUAAAAGAUUAGAGAACGCU